AUAAAAAAGAUGAUACCUCAAGAAAUUUAAGUGGAUGAUAAAAAUUUUUCAGAAUAUUAAGAUGUAAUUACAAUGGUAGAGAUUAAACAAGGGAGUGAUGAUGUUAAACAGUAGAAUAUUCAAGAGGCUUAUAGAAUAUUAAAUAAAGGUGUUAGUUUAUUUUAAAAUUAAUAGGUUUAGCAUUACAUAAUUUACAGAAAUACUAAGAAGCGAUUGAGUGUUACGACCAAGCAAUUUUAAUUAAUCCUACUUAUUAUACUGCAUGGAACAACAAGGGUACGUAAUUUAAGAUACUACUAUUUAGGUUUUGCUUUACAUCACUUAUAGAAAUAUUAAGAAGCCAUCGAGUGUUAUGACAAAGCUAUCUUAAUUAAUCCUAAAAGUGAUGCUGGGUGGAAUAAUAAAGGUUAUAAAUUUUAAAGACUAUUAUUAGGGUUUUCAUUAAAUAAUUUAAAGAAAUACGUAAAAGCUAUUGAGUGUUGCGACAACGCCAUUUAAAUUAAUUCUUAAAAUAAUUCUGCAUGGAGUAACAAGGGUGCGUAAUUUUUAGAAUUAUUAAUUAGGGUUUGCAUUAGAUAAAUUAAAGAAAUAUUAAGAAGCGAUUGAGUGUUAUGAUAAAGUUAUCUAAAUUAAUCCUAAAUGUGACGUAGCAUUAAGUGAUAAGGGUAAAUAAUUUAAACUACUAUUAUUUAGGUUUGGCAUUAUAUAAUUUACAGAAAUAUUAAGAAGCCAUUGAGUAAUGCGAAAAAGCCAUUUAAAUUAAUCCUUAAAAUAAUUCUGCAUGGAAUCAUAAGGGUGCGUAAUUUUUAGAAUUAGUAAUUAGGGUUAGCAUUAGAUAAAUUAUAGAAAUAUUAAGAAGCAAUUGAGUGUUAUGAUUAAGCUAUCUAAAUUAAUUCUAAAUAUGAUAUUGCAUGGACUAAUAAAGGUGAGGACUUUUAAAAUAUUAUAAUUUAGGUCUUGCAUUAAAUACAUUAAAAAAAUAUAAAGAAGCUUUUGGGUGUUACGAUAAAGCUAUCGCAUUGAAUCCUAAAAAUGAUACUACAUGGAUUAAUGCGGGUAAUUAAUUUCAGCUUUAGUUUUAGGUUAAGCUUUAUAUAAUUUACAGAAAUAUUAAGAAGCUAUUGGGUGUUAUGAUAAAGCUAUCCUAAUUGAUCCCAUAAAUUAUCCUGCAUUAAAUAAUAAGGGUAAUAAAUUUUUAAGGACUAUUAAAUAGGUUUUGCAUUAGAUAAAUUACAGAAAUAUUAAGAAGCGAUUGAGUGUUAUGAUAAAGCUAUCUCAAUUAACCCAAAAUAUGAUGUGGCAUGGAAUAAUAAAAGUAAUUUUUUAUAAGGAUUGUUUUUUAGGUCUUGCAUUAAUUAAUUUACAAAAAUACUAGGAAGCUAUUGAGUGUUGUGACUAAGCUAUUUUAAUUAAUCCUUAAAAUAAUUCUGCAUGGAAUCAUAAGGGUAUAUAAUUUUUAAAGUUUUAUGCAUUAGGGCUUGCAUUAGGGAAAUUACAGCAAUACUAACUAGCAUUUGAAUGUUUUGACAAAGUUAUCUUAAUUAAUCCAAAAAAUGAUUUUGCAUGGAAUAACAAGGGUAAUUAAUUUUUUAAGUAUUACUGAUUAGGGCUUAUAUUACAUAAUUUAUAGAAAUAUUAAAAAGCAAUUGAAUGCUACGAAAAAGUUAUUUAAAUUAAUCCUAAAUUUCAUUCUGUAUGGAAUAAUAAGGGUAAGUAAUGUUUAACCAAUUUUUUAGGUCUUUCAUUAUUUGAAUUACAAAAAUACAAAUAAGCAAUUGAGUGCUAUGAGAAAGCUAUUUCCUUUUAUCCUAAACAUGAUUCAACUUGGGUUAAUAAGGGUAAUUUAUUUUAUACAGCAUUUUCUAGGCAAAGCCUUACAUAAAUUACAGAAAUACAAAGAAGCUAUAGAGUGUUACGAAAAGGCUAUUUAAAUUAAUCCAAAAUAAGAUAAGGCUUGGAUUAACAAAGGUAAAUUAUGGAAUAAUUUAGGUGUUGCAUUACAUAAUUAAAAGUAAUACAAAGAGGCUAUAUUAUGUUAUGAUGAAGCUCUUUCGAUUAACUUCAACCCUAUAAAUUUAAGGUUUAAAGGUAUUAAAAUUAUUAAUAAAAAUUUAGCUGAUUCACUAUUGGAAUUAGGGGAAAAAAAUGAAGCCAAGCAAUUUUAUAUGUCUGCAUUAGAAAAAGGAUUAAAUUAAGAAUAUAUAGAGAAAUAGUUAGCUAAGUUAUGAAUCAUUAUUUAAUCAUAAUAUAACAUUAUUAAGC